AUGUUACCUAGAUCGCUGCCAUGGCUUUUAUCAGUUCUUUUUGCGUUUUGUUUUUUAUUAUUUGUUUCCGCUUUGAUUCUACAUUUUGUGUGAGUUUUUUUCUAAAUUUUCUCAGCUUUGUUUCUUUAUAAAAUUGGUAAAUAAAACAUUUUCAGAAAUACCGACGAAAAUGAUUUUGAUGACUCAUCAGAUAUUUAUUAUUCAUUUCCAUACGAUGUUCAUAUUUUUUCUGUUUAUUAUUACAAUAAUUCAAAAAGUCUCGGUUCUUCUGCAAUCUCAAUUUUAAUGACAGCUGAUUUCGAAGUUCUCGAACAUGUUAAACAAUUCGAACUUUUAGCCAUAAGUUCAUCAGAUGAUAGAAAAGUUGUGACAACAAAAUUAGAACGGUAUUAUUGUGAGAAAUUCUUGAAAAAUAUCAAAUUUUAGUGUGACUCCACAUGAUGCUUGUAAAUGGAUAACAAUUCUCACAACUUGUCAAUUACUUCCAAAUUUGUCUCAACUCUUGGUGUCAUUGGGAAAUGAACAUACUCCGGUAAAAUGAAUUCCACUUUUUGUUUAUCUUUAGAUAUUUUAGAUUCCAUUCGAAGUUGUUUCAACUUCACCAAUUCCAGUUGUAAUGUGUAUUUCUCCAUUAUUUGCAUCUGAAAGUUGGCAAAAUCUACUUCUUGCAUUACAUGUUUAUAAACAAUUUGGUGCUCAUAUGCAUCUUUAUGUUCGAAGUAUUGUUUCUCCAAUUUAUGAAAUAUUGAAAGUUUAUGAAACAGAAGGAUAUUUAACACUUAAAUCAUGGAAUAGAAUACAUUUACUAAAUAGAAAUAUUGAAGAUUUCAAUCCAAAUUUGAAUGUAGAAUUUAGAAAUCAAGCAGCCGCUCAAACAGAUUGUCUUUUAAAAUAUAAAGAAUCAUCAGAUUAUGUUGCAUUUAUUGAUUUGGAUGAUAUUCUUAUUCCUCGUCUUGCCAAUAAUUAUUUGGGCGAAUUUAAUUAUUUCUCAUCUGAAAAUCCUUCAUCCGUAUAUUUCCAUUAUUCGAAACAAAAUACAAAAACUAAAGCAUGUAAGUUUUUCUUGAUUCUGGUCAACUGACUACAGUAAUCUAUUUUCUUUACAGAUAAACGAGCAAACUUUUAUACGGUUGAAAAUAUGCUUCGAUCUAUAAAAUUCCAACAGAAAACGGAAACUGGAAAAAUGAUUGUUAAACCAGCAAAUCUGAAUUCAACUUGGAUUCAUUGGCCACAUAAAACAGUUUCAUUUUAUACAGUUCCUGCAGAUAUUAAUUCAAUAACUCAUUUGAAAACAAUUGAAAUGGUUGAUGGAAUGGGAACAGAUCAUGAAAUUAUUCCAAAAUAUGAACCAAAUGUUGAACCAGACACUAAUGAACCAUUAAUUAAAGAAAAAGAUAUCAAACAAAUUGAAAUGGAUUUUAGUCGGUUAGUUUUUUAUUUUCAAAAAUAUUUGUGAAUAACUAAAUAAUUAUUAGAAUGAGUUGGAAAUCAUCAAUUCGUCGACAUUUGCGAAGUCUUCCAAAUCAAAUGAAAUACUCAAAAAUUAUUGGAAAAUGUUUUAAAGAAACUUAUUAUAAAUAUCAUGAAGCUAUGAAAGAAUCAACUAUGCUUUGUCCUGGACCAGAAAGAUGUGAUGUGAGUUUUAUUUUUCCUUCCAACUUUCAAAAAUCCAGAACUUUUAGUUGACAAUUUUCAAAACAAAAUGUUGGAAUAGUGUUGGCGAAUAUCAUUCAACAAGAGAUGGAAAAAUGAUAAAUAUUCAUUAUGUCGAAAAUUCAGAUUUUACUUUAGGUGAAGUUUGCAUAACUUGA